AUGAAUGACGUCGCAAUAUCAGUGAUUGAGGAUUACCGCGAAGCACCAAGAAAAGACGAUCUGCCAAUGCGAGAUGUGCUAAGGGAUGAAAGUGAAAUAAUGGCUAUGGCUAAUAACAAUGGAAGGAACAGAAGACGGUUCAUAUGUGAUGUAUGUGGUAAGCGAUUCAGAAGUCGAAACGAUCUGAGACGCCAUAAUCGGGAACAUACUGAAGACCAUACAAAAUGUAAUGCAUGCGAGAAAGCAUUCAAACAGCUCAGCCAUCUCAAUAGCCAUCAAAUAACGCAUGGCGGUGAAACAUCUUACGAAUGUAAUGAGUGUGAUAAGGAAUUCAGCAGUCGAAACCGUCUGAAAGAUGAUAAUCGGACACAUAGCGAUGAAAAGCCGCACGAAUAUCACACAUGCGGUAUAGCAUUCAGACAAUAUGGAAAUCCGAAGAAACACGAAUUUGAAACGACACAUGAAAGUGCAUGGAAGUUCGAGAAUAGCAAAAGUUAUCUCGAAGACAAAUACAUUAUUAAUAAAACAAAUAAUUUCAUUUGCCACGUCAUAAAUUACUGUACUGUUAUGGUUUAA